AUGUCGAAAACAAAUAUUGCUGAGCAGACUGCUGCGCCAGUUGUCAGUGAAGCACCAACAGUUAUAGAACGAUGGGAACGAGAUUUUUCACAGACGAAAACUGAGGGUGUCACAUAUGAUUACAUUAUUGUUGGUUCUGGCUCAGCAGGUGCUGUCAUGGCUAAUCGUCUGUCGGAGCAACGUGAUAAACGUGUUCUUCUAGUUGAAGCCGGAUGCGUCGAUACACACAGCGACAUACAUAUGCCAGCUGCUUGUGGUAAUCUGCAGCGUAUUGAUAUUGAUUGGCAAUAUAAGACUACACCUCAACUUUAUUCACACUUCGUCUGCAUGAAUCAACAAAGUAAUUGGCCGCGUGGUAAAGUUUUAGGAGGUUGUUCAUCUAUAAACUAUAUGCAAUAUGUUCGUUGCGAUCCACACGACUACGAUAAUUGGCAAUUACCACAAUGGUCCUAUGAAGAAAUGUUGAAAUAUUUUAAAAAAUUAGAACGUGCUGAUCCGAAUACAAUUCAAAGAAAUGAAAAGUUUCGUAAUCAUGAUGACGACAAGGGAAUGAUGGAUGUAACACUAUUUCAAGAAGCAAAUCCAAUAAAUCGAAUGUUUAUUGAAGCAAUGGAAAAGAAUGGAUUUCAUGAAACUCAAGACUAUAAUGCUGAAGAAAGUCUUAAUAAAUGUGUAUCAAUAUCACAAGUUUCAACAAAAGAAGGCAAGCGUUGGUCCACAGCAAGUGGUUAUCUUUUGAAAGCAGCAAAACGAGAAAAUUUAGCUAUUCUCGUAGAUGCACAUACUUCUCGAGUAGAAUUUGAUGAGAAUAAGCAAGUUACCGGUGUUAUUGUGAAACGAAGUAGCUCAUUGGAUAAAGAAGAAUUUAUCAAAGGUAAAGAAGUUAUACUAUCAGCUGGUGCGGUUGGAAGCCCUCAUAUACUUCUUCUCUCUGGGGUCGGCCCUCGAGACGAAUUACAAAAACACGACAUACCAGUAAUUGUUGAUUUGCCUGGUGUCGGCAAAAAUUUACAAGAUCAUGUGUUCACGUUAAUGAUCUUUCUGACUUCAAUACCAACACUUUCACCUAGUGAUGUGACACCCGAAAACUUAGCAACAUGGUCAAAACAAGGAAAAGGCCCUUUAACAUCAUGUGUUUCUGAAACACUGGCAUGGGAUCAAUUUAAUGAUGAGGCAAACGUACCUAAUCUUCAAGUACAUAUUCUUCCGAUAACAACUGACUGUGAACUAUUUAAGAAUUUUAACUUCAAACCGGAAGUUUAUGAGAACUAUUAUAAACCAUAUGUUAGCGAUGGAUCCCAAUGGAGUGUAUUUUACUUUCCUACACUUCUACAUCCAAAAUCAAAAGGUGAAAUUACACUUGCAAGUCGUGAUCCCCUCGCACAUCCCAUAAUUGAUCCACAUUAUUUGGAAGACAAAGAAGAUGUUCGUAUAUUGAUUGAAGGAUGUAAACAAGCUGAGAAGCUUUGUCAAACCGAACCACUGAAAGGAAAACUCAGAUCGCUAGCAAAAGAAAUGAAUGGGAAUGAAUCAAUAGAAAACGAAGAUCAAUUUUGGGAAUCGUUUGUUCGGAAAUAUACACUUACACUGUAUCAUCCAAUAGGUACGUGUAAAAUGGGAAUAGAAGAAGAUCCAAUGACAGUUGUAACACCUGAUACACGAGUAAAAGGUGUAAGAGGUCUACGUGUGGUUGAUGGAAGUAUUAUGCCAACUCUUGUUUCCGGCAAUACAAAUAUUCCUAUAGUUGCCAUGGCGGAAAGAGCUUCCGAUUUAAUUAAGAACAAUGCUUAA